GCCAAUUGCCAGUCAAUGCGAUCGUGUCCAUGUCAACCUUCGGCAGUCGCCCAGCUAUACCACCGGCCUUGUUAUAAUACUUUUUCGGCUUACUUUCAGAGUCCAUACCCAGCCAGUUGACUCUCAUUGACACUUAAUUCUAUCAUCUCAUCCUCUUUAGAUUCGCCUCAGCCCUCUCACGCGACUGCUUGAUUGCCCGCUCUCUCCGCACAGCAUCUUCGGCACGGGGCAUUUCGAAUGAUAUCCUCCAUUUGACAUUGAAUCAACCAUCUUCGCCGCCGGUAUAUUAGAGAGGCAAGCAGGCCUCGGGCGCAGUUGGCGCCAUGUCGGACUCCGUGGACCGCGUCUUUGUCCAUGCCUUAGCCACAGUCCGUCGACUCCCUCGAACGGGCUCCUCACGACCACCUCCCUCCGCCCGCUUACGUCUCUAUGGGCUCUAUAAGCAGUCCAUGGAAGGCGACGUUGAAUCGAUCCUCCCGCGUCCGACUCUGCCCUCUGUUUCUCCAGAUCCGAACAACUCCAAGUCGAACAACGUCCACAGAUACGCAUCUCGAGACCUACGAGUACGAGAAGCCGAGGCGGAAAUUGAGAAAUGGGAUGCCUGGCAUGCUUGUGCCGGCAUGUCCCGCACCGAAGCCAAACGACGGUACAUCAGUACACUGAUAGAGACCAUGAAGGAAUAUGCUUCGGGUACGCAGGAGUCUCGUGAGCUGGUGUCAGAAUUGGAAUUCGUUUGGAACCAGAUCAAAAGUCAAAGUGGGAGCUCAGAGGAUGAGGAUGCAGAGUCGCCUACUAGACGGCUGGAGCGGGCAGGCCUGAGGCAGACAACGAGCUUUGGAAGUCUACCUCCCGGUCAAAGCACACGAGGAGAAGGCGAAAGCUUGAGCAGAUUAAACUCCGACCCCAAUCGGUUGCGAGUACUGUCGCCAGUGUCACAGCGAGGCAGCGAUGAUAUUGUGGAGAGUGAGGAGGUGGACCCAGUAACCCACGCGGUCAUCGGCCCGUUGUCUUCUUCACGACGAGCUCCUUCUGAUCCCGACUGGCGAAGUCGCAUUGAAUCUCACCUGAGGCAUCUCUCGACCGAGGUUGCUGCACUACGAGAGCAACUAUCCGCAAACCACUUGCUAUCAUCUUCCUCGUUCUCCCCCGAGCUGACCUCUAGGCGGAGAAGGAUAUUCUAUCGGAUAUCAACGUGGGUUAAAUGGCUGGCCUGGGCACUCGUGCGGCAGAUCCUGGUCGAUGCGAGCUUGGUGUUUCUCUUCGUCAUAUGGGCGAGAUGGAAGGGUUACAAAGAUCGCCGGGUGGAAGACUGGGUCAGACGGCGCUGGAAGGAUGUUACAACAGUGCUUACUGAUAUGAAUGGAUGGUUGAGUGGCUUGGUCUCGGCGGUACGGAUUCCCGGGGUGCGGAACGUUUCCUGAACCGCAUCUGGAGCGAUGCAAAGCAGCAUUUCUGACUGCUUUCUGCCAGGAAACCCUUCGGACUUUUGGCGGCUUCUUCCUGGCGCGCUAUAAGGCAGAUAUGGCCGACCAAUUUGGCGCGGGCGCUGUGCUGAGGGAUGAGGCCUGAGCACAGAACGCACGCGCUAGAGCUCCAAACGAUGCCCACCCAUUGACAGAUCGACCCGAGCUUGGAUAUUCUGACUGUUGGGUGGCAGCCGCAGAUUCACGCGGAUGCCGCCCAACUCUUCAAAUGGCGUUGCUGACAUCUUCAACGCAGCGGGUUGAACAUUUGCAAGUUGUCCGAAGGACGAGAUCUACGACUUGGACAACUCUUGAACUAUGUGUGCAGGGAGCAUACGAACAUGCAGUAAUAGGCGCUCAAGAAUUUACGACCCGAAAAGGGAGGUCCGGAUGUACUUGACGUGAACGACUAUCAUGGCACGUAUUUACCAAAGUACUACGGGGAAAAAGCAGGUUACUAGAGGCUAGAGCCACGGCAAAAAAAGGGAGAGCUCGAACAAUGAUCCAGACAAAGAGGACUUUGUAUUUUGUUUCAUCUGUCUUGCCUGCUUCCAGCCUUCCAUCUAUGUGAUAGGUUCUACACCGCGAAUUUGAAGCCGCCUUUGAGCAGUCCCUUCAUCUCGCGCGGCGGGUCGUACAAGUCCCUGACCUUCCUCACCUCUUCUAGCAUUGCACCCUUCUUCCUCUUUUGCGUCCUGAGAAGAACCUAGACAUCCCGCCCUGCGCUGUGGUUGAUGGAGCGGAACGGAUGCAGAGCGCCUUCUUCCUCUCCUCUCCUCUGAGAGGGCGUGUAGCACCGGUGGGAGGUUGUCGAUGGAGUAUCGCGGGAGAGCAACACGCAGGGGCCCUGGGAGUGGGAUGGUCCUCGAACGGAAUCUCAUUGUAAUGCCGAGUUGUUGCUGCCCACUGGAGGACGGAGAAGAGGUUGGAGGGGCUUGGCCUUAGUACAUUGGUCCAUUGGGUUAAGAAGAAUGUGUAUCGACCUCAUCGCCGUUCUUGACUUCUUACCAUCAUUCA